AGGGUCUAGUAGGGGGCAUAUAAUUUUGAAAUUAAAUUCAAUGUGGGUUUACAUUUCCUCACACUCGUAGUUUAUCAAAUUUUCGGUGACCACUUGCAAACACGCUGCACUAAAUGAAAUGCCUUUUUCAUUAUACUUGUAAAACCACCAAACCGUGAAAUUUUGAUUUCUUAUUCUGCCCUCGAACAUUAGUCUGUGAUCAAACGGUGAAACGUUUUGUCUGAUAUUGUUGAAAUUUCGCCAUAGAACAAAUAAUGUUUAUCUAUUUGUGCAUCGUAAUUCAGUGAACUCUUUUAAUUAUUUUUAAAACAUGGGUGAUUCUCCAUCGUCCAUGACUGGUUCAAAAUUUUUACUGGUGCCUCCAGUCGAUCAGACAAUCUUGGAGCACUGGCCUCCAGAAAAGCCCUACAGUAAUGCUGUCGGAAAUCCUGGAGGUAAUGGUGCAGCAGAGACCGCUUCUGAUCGGGAGAAAGUUUUGAAGCUUCUGCAAACGAGCUCAAAAAUAGUCAAGAAUCUGAAAUCGACCUCCUUGCCUGAUCUCAGGGAUAACUGCGUCAUCAAGAUGCAUGCCGAGAGAUUGGGCAAGGGUGUAUGUUUGCGAACUUCUGGUCAAAACCAAAGUGUGCGCUGCUUGAAAAUUAAUCGGUCUUUCCGGUGCAGUGCGGUCAUGGCUGAUAUAAAAAAGAGUGAUUUGAUUGCUCCUGUUGAUAUAGAAAACAAAGUUAUUCGUAAAGUUAUUGAACGGAAGGUCUUGAGACCAACGUUAUCCAAUCAGUUGACACCGACUUACCUUUCUGAAACUUUUGACAAUUUUCAGUAUGAAAAUAUUUCCUUUUCUGAACGGGUUAGGGAGAAGGAAAGGGGAUCGGUUCCAGUCAGAGAACUUCCCAAGCGUUCCUCGUUCACAUCGGCGCUGAACGAAAGCGUCCUCAAGCUGCUCCCUGAGAAUAUCGAGGUGGACUUCACUGCCGACCCCGCGGCCGAGGAAGAUUGGCCGGGAGAAAUUCGACGAAUAGGAAGCAUUUUUUCUGACGACUCUGAUUCGUUCAGUCGGCGAGCAUCUAGUAAUGCCGGCGAUAACGAAAGUUUCGUUGAUCCUGGAGAGUCGGUAAGCCGACGAGCGUCGAGUGGCAUCGGCAGCGUUGACGGGCGUAGCUCCUACAGCAGAACACAAAGCAUAGACGAAGAGGGUUCCGAGGCGCCUAGCAGACGUUCAUCAAACAAUACCGCCACCGAACCCAUAGACGAAUCGUCUCUUGUCACGCAGAGAGACCGCAUCGGUCGACGACUUGACUCUGUCUUUGGCAUAAAAGAGACGGUGAGCCGGCGCACUUCGGGCGAGACAGGCUACAGUCCCGACCCUCUCGUACGGCGAGACUCGCUGCUGGAGGCUGUGCUCGCAGCCAAGAAGGGCGGUUGGCGUAACCUCGUCAGGUCUGAGAGUCUGGACAGCGCUUCGUCCUUUGCGUCGUCCCUAACGUCCAGCCUUGCGUCCGACACAUCGGGCUGUCCUUGUGAUGACUGCCUUCUUGGCCUCACGCAGCCGCCCAGACCAAAGAAGACAUCCAACUGGCGUAAAGUGAAGAAUGUUGUUCAGUGGACGCCGUUUAUUCAGACGUACAAGAGACACAAGUAUCCUUGGGUGCAACUCGCUGGUCAUCAAGGGAACUUCAAGGCAGGCGACAAGCAAGGCACGAUCUUGAAGAAGCUUUGCCUCGCCGAGCAGCGAGCGCUGGAGCGCCUCAUGAAAGACAAGCUCGAGCCUUACGUCCCUCGCUACCUGGGCCUGGUGGACAAAGGAGACCAGGAACAGUACCUGGAACUGCAGGACCUCCUGAGCAACUUCACGGCACCUUGUGUGAUGGACAUCAAGAUGGGCGUCCGAACCUACUUGGAGGAAGAGCUCGCCAAGGCUAGAGUCAAGCCAAAGCUCAGGAAGGACAUGUUCGAGAAGAUGGUCCAGAUCGACCCUAACGCUCCGUCAGACGCCGAGCAGCGAGCCCAGGCCGUCACCAAGCCAAGGUACAUGGUGUGGCGUGAGACGAUCUCCUCAACAGCGACUCUGGGCUUCCGCAUCGAGGGCGUGAAGAAGAGCGACGGCACCUCCAGUAAAGACUUCAAGACGACGCGCACGCAGGAACAGGUCCUUGAAUCACUCGCGUCCUUCGUCCAGGGAUACGAUCACGCCCCCGCUCGCUAUUUGAAACGUCUUAAGGAAAUCCGUGCCACUCUCGAGAGUUCCGAGUUUUUCAAGUCGCAUGAGCUGAUUGGCAGCUCGUUGCUGUUCGUGCACAACGAAGACGACGCCGUCGUGUGGCUCAUUGACUUCGCUAAGAGCAUCCCUCUGCCUGACGACGUGGUCGUCACUCACAAAGUUCCGUGGGUCGAAGGUUCCCACGAGGACGGCUACCUUAUCGGGCUAGACAACCUCAUCGCUCUCAUGACAACCCUCGACUCUCAAGUCAACCAAAGUAAAAAAGAAGCCACCGAACACAGCUCCUCGAGACGAAGCUCCCAUAGUAAUAACCCUCUGGACAGAGUAAAAAAUUCUGUAUCUAAAAUUCAGACGUUACAAAAUGAUGUACUCAAAGGAGCCGCUCACAGACUCGAAAAUCUUCAACUAAAAAAUAAUGAUUCUGGAAAAAUAUCAAACUCCACAUCUUUAAGUAACAGCUUUAAAGACGCAUCUUCUCCCAAUUCACAGACGAAAGAUUCUUCUAUAGUAAACACUAAAGUUUUAUCCGAAAAUGAUAGGAACACCGACCUUAUAUCUGUUAAUGAUUCUAGUAUCGGUCCAGAUUUACGGACAACGGGCGGUGUUAGUUCGUCAUGAGAUUGAGUCACGAGAGCGUGACCUAAAGUUACUAUGCAUGCGUUAUUGUGACUGAACGUGACGUGUGUAUGGGAUGAGGCAGCCAUAUCGUGCCGUUCUAAUUACAUCCGCUAUAUUUUUAUUGUAAUUUAAAGCACGCAUAAUAGUUGAACUAACGUAAGUACUUCCUCUAGUCGCUUGGUACGGCGAAAUGGAAGCAAAUGAGCUGUGAUGUAUCGCACGACAAUGCAGUAUUUGAGACAAAUGCAGUGCCUUCAUCCGAGUGCCUUAAAAUUUGCUAAUUAGUUAAAAUUUCUCGCUAGUUGAAUGAAAUUUAAGCUUUGAACGUUGGCCUAUGUUUUUCCUCGUCCUCUCAUUGCGCUGCAUUUGUAUCAAAUCCAUAUAUUUAAGCUGAAAUAGGUUACACGUCAUGGAACAGAAACCGUAAAUGGAGAAAAUAAAGAACAACAUAGAAUAAGGGCACAAGUUUUACUAGCUCUAUCAUGCUAGUGUUGAAAACGUGUAGUGCUGUGUGUUUAAGUUGAAUCUCGUAGGCGACGUGUAUUUGCUAAUAUCGUUUCGGUCUGAGGGCAUCUUGGAUCGAUUUAAUUCUAAACAAUGCGUCUAUCUAUUUGCUCGGGUUCAUUUUAUUCGCCCGAACUCGUUGAUUGGCUUUCUUGCUUUGACUCUGUGAGUCCAUAGAUAUGAAUUAAAGUAAACUUCUGCGUACCUUUUAUCCUUUAGCACUGGCGUCACUGGGUUUUGAAGGCUGAGAGGGCUAAGGCCCCAAAGAUUUAUUAUCAUAUUCCAGUUAAUAAUGACUGGUUGCAUGAAUAUUUAUUAAAGCUGAAAAUCAGGCCGAAAUAUAUUGAAUUUUUCGGCAUUUUUUAAAAGAAAAUUAUUAAACAUACAAUUAGUUAGUGGGCUUUAGAAUAUUGUAGACGAGCGGAGGCCCCCCUAAAAUAGGCCUAGUGACGCCACUGUCUCUCGAGAGGCUGAGGUGCAUCUGCAAGAAAAGCUUAUUCCACCUAACUACGGUUAUCCUUAGUUUUGUAUUUUUAUAUGUCGCAUGUUUCAUAUCGAUAUUUUAUGUACCGAAAAGAGACGCAUGUGAUCGUUUAGCACUUAUUUUACAAAUUGUACAUGACAACCUACGUAUUAAAUAUAUACCGAAGUUUAUUGUUAUUAUAACUACUAUUCCGUGUAUGUGUGUGAAUACACUUCAUUUAUUGCUCGGACGGAACAAAUUAUUGACUACAAAUGCAAUCGUGCCGCUACACGGCUUUUCUAAAUCUAGGUUUGAUGCAAUGAAAAAAAAUGCAUGCUCUAUUUAUACAAAAUAAUUCUGUUCGUUCAAUAAUAUUUUUCUGCAUCUGAUUGGACAUUCAUUGCUAUAUGCGUGCAGCGAAUACACUGCCUUGGUGUGCCUUACCAGCAUUACGAUGACGGUCCAUCAUAUAGAUGCCAUUCAUCGAACCCCAAAUGUAAAUCGAUUGGCUUUAAUAAAGCCAUUUUAAUAGAAAAUUUACCAUUUAGGGGGGGAAGGUUGUAGUUGCAUUGGGAACAAAUCUGUCGCUCAUUUUAAAUUGCUCUUUUUAAAAUGAUCUGUUCUCGGGUAAGACUGGCUUAUGGGGGAUGAGUGCCACGUCACAAGUUAGCGUUCUUGUCAUUGUACUCUCACGGGAUAGUUCAUUUUUGUUGAAAUGUAAAGAGAUUUUCAGCAAAUGUCGAUGCAAAUUAUUGGUUGCAUGGAAACGUUUUCCGAAAAAUCUUUGUGUGUAUGAUUGACUUGAUGCAUCGACACGCAAUCGUUUGUUGUAAGUGCUCGCAAAUUUUUCUGUGACUUAGACCUACCUUCAAUUAAUUACACUAAUUAUUUCUGAAUGAAAUGUAAUUUCUCAAUUACUGCCAGUGAUGUUUGAGAUGUUUGAGAGUUACUCGCUACAAUCGCGCUACAAUUGAGAUGUUUGAGAGUUACUAGACAAUCGCUUAAUGGUGUGUUACUCCAUUCGUAUUUCAGCCGUCAUCUUGGUUGCUGAAAAAUGAAGUCAAUGACUUCCGCAAGAACGUGUGAUAUAUGUUCCAAGCAAAUGUUAGUGGUCAAUUCCAUGAAUGUAAUUGACUCGUUUUCAUCACCGACGAAUUCAAAGUUACGAUAGAUGAGUUUUUUAGAGUGGUUCCCAUUUAGGUUCAGCUUUCCAGUGUUGUCAUUCGUAAUUCAAUGUUUAUCUGAAAAUAUAACGAGUUUCUGUUGACAAUAUGUGUUUCAGAAGAAUCUCUCUGGAUUG